AGGGAUGACAAGUGGAGAAGUGAAGGAAAGGAAAUGGGUGGCAUAUCCUGGCAUUAAUUUUCGGCGAUGAUUAAGAUGAUGGUCUGUGACAAGGACCGUUUUGCUCAAUGGGGGUCUCACAUCAGUAAAGAUGCAGGAAAGAUGGUGGCCAUAUUGGAACUUCCCAUGCCAUCAUUAAAGCUGGUUAGUGAUGGCGGACACCUGAUUGUGGGUCUGAUGAAGGAGACGACUGAAAGCUUUGCUGUUGAAGUUGGAAGAGUGAAUAAUAUGGAUUCUUUCUUUCGUGUGCAAGAAGGAAGAGGUGGAGGUGGGGAUGGAGAGAAGGGGGACAGCAAUGCCCUCGUUUCCAUAAACGAUACCCGUCCAAAAGUUGUCAUGGAAGGUGGCGAAGGACUCGUGGACGGAGGGGAGAAGGGGAAUCGUAACCUCCCGUCCGCUGCGGAUGUCCAUGGGGCAUCUGGUUUGGUGAAGGGUGCGGCGAACUGGUUGGCAGCGAAAGAUGGAAAGCAAACCGAUGAUGUAAAGGCGGUGCACUCGGCUGUGGAAAAAGAUGUGAUGGGAACAAUAGGGAAACUGACAUUGCGAGACGGUGAUGAUGGGGCUCCGGUUGCAGCCAGGGGAUUAACGUUGGGUGAGCAUCCUUGUCAAAAUCCAAUGGUUGGAGAAGGAGAUAGAGAAGAUCCCAGAAGUAGGGAAAGCGCAGAUGAAGCAUGCCACGGGGAGUCUGCAGAAGGCAAAUUUUGCUCUGGGGAAGUAGCACAGUCAGCGUUGAAUGACGAGAUGGCUGAUGUGCGUGAGUCCUGUCCGGGUGUAGGAAUCAAAGGAUCAGAUGCGGGGACUGGAGACUCAGCGGUGGUCCCUAAGCCCUCUGCGCCCUUGCAGUUUUCUCAAUUGCCGUCUAUUCUUCCAUCAAGCGAUUGCCGGGACUCCGACUCGGUGCCUAACAGUGCUCACCUCGCUGUUCCUUUGGGAGGUAAUGCCGACUUUCUGGGCAAUAAGGAAACAGCAGAGGAGCUACCAAGUUUGGUCCAGGGUGAAAGUUUCUUGCACGUGGAAGCAGACAAAAAUAUCGGACCUUUGCCGUCCCCGACGUGCCAUGGAUCGGGUGGGGAUCGGCUGGGGGAGGCAAACAGAGCAGUUGGAAAGGACUCGGAUUCUCCUCGAUUUCAAGCAAUCCUCUGUGCUACGAACGGCGAGUGCAGCACAUCUGAGCUGCCGAUGGAGGUCGUGAUGGAAGACUGCGCUCCUGUGUCCAAGGCAGGUGCUGAAGCAUGCAAAGGAUCUCUGCAUGGCAACCAGGGUUGCACCCUCCGACGGUCGGCGGCCCUUGACUGGUCGGCUGCUGACCCGCCGACUGAACCGCUGGUGAUUGAGAUUCUGAGGGAGAAGUUCGCUGCUGCUAAGAAAGAGGUCGAUGGCGAACUGGAGGUGUUUGCAGGGGAAAUUGUUGACCUGAUGCACGAGUAUGCAGAUAACCCGCCUUGCAGGGACUGGAAAGACAGGGCUAGGUACUUGUUGCAAGUUGUAACAAAGUGUGCGAAGAUGGAGCUGAAUGAAUUCAGAUGGGAGUGCGAGAAGGUUGUCCAGGAGCUGGAUGACGAGAGGCAGGCGGCCACAGAGCCGCUGAAGAAGCUGUACACGAGGCUCCUUUUUAACUUAACCCGUUGUACUCGUCUCCUUCAGUAUCAAGAGGGUGUGAUGCAUGAUGAUACCAUCUCAAGGUCGUCAAGCAAGACGGCCUCCACAGAUGGACGGCAACUGAAAGCGUCAGGGCUGGUGUCGCCAGUGAAGUUGAAACUAGAUACUGAGGGUGUUAAUAAUAAUGUGGUUAUGGGAGAACGAAGCACUUGUAAUAUACCAGUAGGUUGUUUCGAUGAGCACAUUAAGUCAGUAGGUGCGGAGAAAGAGGAUUCGGGAAAACCAGUGAGAGUAGAGGGGUUUUGCAAGGAUAUUGUAGAGGAGGAGCUAAAAAUAGAACUGAAGUUAGUUGAUGAGGUGAUUGGGAGAUUAGAGGUGAGUGAGGAGAAUGAUCUGUGUAUGCGUGAAGCUGUGGAGGAUUCUGAUAUCAAAGGGGCAGGUUUGGACAAGCUUGACAGCGGUGAUGGGACAGUUCAGGUGCAGGCAGCGGACAGGGAUGGUGAUAGAUGGCAGGUGUCAGAAGUGGAGGAGAAAGGACACCGAGAGCGACAGAGUUGUGGAAAGAGGGAACAGCAAGAUCAGCACCAGCCAGAGGAAAAUACGGAAAAGGGAGACGGGAAAGAGGGUGAUUGCCUAUGGACAGGGGUAGUUGGGCAACAUGCUAGAAGCUUUAGCGAAGUCGUAGAGCGAACCAUCGGCAGAGAAGAUGCUUAUCGAAUGGAAGAAGGCUGUGCUAGGAAUGGGGAGGCAGGUGAUGCUGUAGGGGAAGGUAGCAAGGGGGGGUGGUAUGGACGUGGAUUUGAAAAUGAGAGGGUAUGUGAAGGACAGGGGGAUGAGGAAUAUAAUGAAGAGGUGAGGGAUGAUAUCGGUGGGGGUAACAGCGGGGACGGGGAUGACGGGUAUAAUGGGGGGGAUGAGGAGUUUGAAGAAAGAUGUGGCUAUAUGGAUGAUGAGUAUUAUUUUCCUGUGGUGUGCCGAAUAUGUGAAAUAGAGGUAAACUCAGCAUUUUUUGAGGAACAUUCUAGGCUUUGUUCUAUUGCGUACCGAUGUGAGGCAAAGGGAAUGUCGAUUGAUGACAAGCUGAAGAGGUUGAGUGACGCUUUACUCCAGCUGAUCACUGACGAACCGUAUUCUUCACCAUCACAAGCAAGGUGGCAUGGUUCCUGCGGGACGAGUGAAAGCACGCAAGAAGCAAGUACUGCAGUAGGGGCUGCCGGUGGUUGUGGGGGAGGAGUAGGGGGAGGAGGUCCAGGUCGAGGUGGAGGUGGAGGAGGAGGAGGAGGAGGAGGAGGAGGAGGAUUAGGGGGAGGAGACGGUGUAGGCGUAGGUGUAGCAGGGGUCGGUGGACAAGGAGGUGGUGUGCUGGUUAGGCCGUCAAGUCCUGAAUGUGAUGGGUGCCAGGUUUCUGGUAGCCAUGGAAUGUAUGGAUCAGGUUCUGGUCCUGGAUCUGGUGAUGAUCUGGGCUCCGGAUCCGCAGCCACUGCAAGUUCCAGUUCGCAUGGUGCCAUGUCAAGCAGAUCCGUCAGUGUAUCCACUGCCCAAGAAAGUUUUGUUGGCCUCAUGUAUACGAAGAACGGAGCUCUCCGCAAACAGGUGGAUGAAUUGGCAGAUAUUGCGAGCUGUGGUGCGUGGGUUCUUCCCACAGAUGAGGAUUGGGAACAAGAAUGCAGCACACGCAUCUCAGACGUGGUGGAAAUCAUUGAAGACCGAUCUAAGCAAAGUCAGGUCACAGCAACUUUUGGCGAGCGGAUCUUGGCCUUGCUAGAGUGAGAACAUGUUCCCUUUCCCUCAACUAACUGGGAAUAAUCCUUUCCUCACCGGAUAGGAACUGGUUGGCGCUGGCAUUUGCCAAACUG